AUGUCUACUUCAGUAAAAUCCAUAAAAGAUAAACCUCAUGCAGCAUCGUCGCGUAUCACACCAAGACAAACGGUUGCGUCAGCCGCGCGAGCCGCCCGAAAUGCCACCAACAGAAACCUCGCUCUGCCCAAUACUCAACGUUUCUCCCCAGCAAGGGCUCCACCGUCACCCGCUACUUCUAAGAUAAAAACCGCUAUUCCACGCAGUGGCAAAUCAGAUUCAAAAACCGAACUUAAGGUAAAUAAAGUCCGUGAACCAGAAGUUGUAGCAGAUUCUGAUAUAUUUUUUCUGCAUAAUAAGGAAUUAGUCCCGGAAGAAGCAGGGAAACGAAUUGAAGAAUUUGAAUCGCAAGACAAAAUCAAUGAAAUUACAUCAGAAGACGUUCAAAAUAACCUUGACCCAAGUGAUAACGAAAGUGAAGAAAUAUCGCGUCCACAAACGCCGGUGCUUAGUAAUCCUCAAACACCAAACACCGUAUCUAGCCGCCCACAAACCCCUCGUCUACCAAGCCGACCAACCACGCCCGCCCAAUCAGCACAACGUAACAACACCCCAUACAGCCGUCCCAAUACCCCACAAAAAGCCACGUCAUUAAUGCGACCGAAAACUCCAUCAAAACUUGCACCAGCUCGACCGACGACUCCGAUAGCAUAUAAUCUAUCGAGAUUACCCGGCAAAGACGAUGAUAUCAAGGCUACGUACGUUGCAAAACAAAAGCAAUUUCAUCGAAUGAAAAAGGAACUAGAUUUAAAACAGCAAGCCCUAUUAGAAAUGUUUGACCAUUUGCGCAAUUUACGUGAGCGUAUGAUAAACGAGGGUAUAUCUGCUGGUGGAGAAGGAGUAUCUAAAUUGGUAUUGUUCAAUGUCGCUGAUUGGACGGCUGAAGAAAUAACCCAGCUCUGUCGAAGUGCUGCCACUUCUUCAAUUACUGAUGGGGCUGUUGAACUGUUCAAUACAAGUGUUUCUAUAGAUGAAGAAACGUUAGCCGAUGUUGAAACCAGAGCUCUGAAUAUACCAGCUUGUUUUGCGGACUUGUGUUUGAAAGCAUUUACAGCGCGACAGGAAUUGAUUGACUGGAUGAAAGAAUAUUUAGAGAAAGAGGAAGAUGUUGACAACAUUGCAUUAGACAGAAUUGCUCUAUACAAUAAUCAGGGGCUGCAAAUGUGCGAAGCACUGCGUGAUUUGAAGUCCCGUGCUGACGAGGCAGUGGAUACUAUCACAGUGCUUUCAAAACGUGCAUGCCGAGAAAGAGCUACACUAUUAUCUGUCGGAGAAUCCUUAGUCAGAGAAGUAGCGCGCCUACGACAUGAUUUAGAGGAACGAACAACACCCAAAGUUGAUGUGACAUGUAACGACACCGAAACAGCAAAAAUCCUGGAUGAAACACGUAAAGAACUAGAGGAUGAACGAGCAGCAAAAGGAUUGUUAAAAGAGAAGCUCACUACGACUGAAUCCCAAUUACGACAGCAACGUUUAAGAGUAUCUAAAAUGGAUCGUCAGUUGCGUGAAGCUGAAGCGAGCAUUGCCAGCCUUACUGGCACCGUUAAAAGUCUGGAAGAUCAGAGUCGUCAAAGAGAAGUGCAACUAGAAGCAAGAGCAAGAAAGUUGAAAGAGUCACUAAAGACGGGUGAAGUAGCGAGUAAUCAUUUGGCACAGCAACGAGACGCUCUUCAGGCCGAGGUCGCUGAUUUAACAGAACAAAUUAAGAACAUGACAUCUCAGCAUAAAACAGCGAUACAAGAGUUUAAUAAUAAGUUAAAAGAUUUAACUAUCACGUUAGAAGCAGAGCGGGAAUCAUCGCAAAGAGAAGCAGAACUUAAUAACGAGCUUAGAAAUACACUAACAGAAAGUCAAAAUACCAUAGAGGACCUUAAAGCCAAAAUAAUUGAACUUGAAAAUAGUAGACCAAAUCCUGAUUUGCCAACGGAGAGAGAAAUGGAUUUGUGGGCAGAACUUCAGGCAACCAAAGACACGUUACGCAUAGCUGAGGAAGAAGUAAUAGCAUCUAAAAGAGAAAAAGUUCGCUUCUUGGAAACGCUUACUAAAAUUACAGAACCGGAGAACAAAAUGGGUCUUCAACAGAAACUGGCAGCUGAACUACUAGGGAAAGAAGAGAUAAUUAGUAAAAUGCAAACACAGCUUAGAGAUCUAACCAAAAAUAUUAAACUGAAUGAACAAAAAGUGAUACAGUACGAACAAUAUGUACGAGAUCUACAAGCUCACAACCGUGCCAUCGCGAACUGUCAAGAAUCACCCAACGGUAUCAGUUACCAAGAUUUACAACAAGAGAUAAUGAGUUUGAAGAUGGGUCUCCUUGAAGCAGUUCAUCGCAAUGAAGAAUUAUCAGAAAUGUUGGCACAAAAGGAGCAGCAACUCGAACAACAGGACAAAACAUCUCGUGCACAGGCAAGAGUCAUCAAGAUCCGAGAAGAAUUAAUCAACAUGCUGAAGAACAAGGAAACGGAGCAGAGUCGUGAGCUUGCUGCGUUACAGCAAGAUUUGGAGCAUCGAAUGAAAAUUGUAGACGAUGUGAACAAGCAGAUCGCAGCCAAGGCAGAUGAGAUUCAAGAGCUGUUUUCCACAUUGGAAACAAAACAGCAACAGAUCCAUCGGCUGGAGAAGAUCGUUCUUGCUCUUGAGGAACAGCAACGGCGGGCUCAGGCGCAGCGGACGCGACACGAGGAAAAGAUUGCUGCGCUGGAGCAUGAGCUUGCCGCGGGGGGCAAUAGAAAAGACAAGAGGUUCGUCUUCUUUUGAAAUAAUCAUAAUGAGAUAAAAUCUUCUUUAAAAAUUAAUAAACUGUAAAAUUU